AUGGCAGACAGUGGUAGAAGGAUCGGCGUGGCGGUCGAUUUCUCCCCGUGCAGCAUCAAGGCUCUGAAAUGGGCGAUCGACAACCUCGUUCGCGACGGCGACCACCUCAUCCUCGUCCACACCCGCCCCGCCGAAGACGCCGAAUCCGGCGAGAUGCUGCUCUGGGAAACCACUGGCUCCCCUCUGAUUCCGCUGGUCGAGGUCUCCGAUCCGGCGACGAUGAGCAAGUACGGGGUCAAGCCUGAUCCGGAGACGCUCGACGUUCUCAAUACUGCUGCCAGACAGAAGAAGAUUAUCGUGGUGAUGAAGAUCUACUGGGGAGAUCCAAGAGAGAAGAUCUGUGAAGCAAUCGAUCGCAUCCCUCUCACUUCUCUGGUUAUCGGCAACAGAGGCUUCGGCAAGCUCAAGAGGGUGAUAAUGGGAAGUGUGAGCAACUACGUGGUGGAUAAUGGGACUUGUCCUAUUACGGUGGUGAAGGGUCCAGCUCAUGAAUGA